AUGAUUGGCUCAUGCACCCAGCUGUCCCUGCGGGCGUGCCGACAGGGAUCCCAGGCCAUGUUGAGAAACACACGUGUCUCUAUGCAGCCAAAUGUUCUCAAGAGCGAGACUCUCCGACGGGGUGGCUUCCGCUGCAUUACGGCUGCAUGCCACUUGAAGACCAACCAAUCAUCAACAGGAUUGAAGCCCAACGGUCUGCAGACCACGCUAAUCUCACCGACAUUUUUCACUCAGCGAAGAGCGCUCAGCUCGAACUUGCCUGAGAACAAGCCUCAGGAGCAACCCGAGGAGCCGAAGAAAAAGCCACUUCUCUCCCGCAUCUCCCUUCCAACAUCCCACGAGAAUAUCUACACAGUUCCCAACAUUCUCACCUUCUCCCGACUGGUGGCCGCCCCUGUAGUCGGUUAUCUUCUUGUUAACAAUUAUCACACAGCCGCACUAUCUCUUUUCGCCUAUGCCGGAAUUACUGAUCUGGUCGACGGCUGGAUUGCCCGCCGAUGGAGUCUGCAGACCGUCGUCGGAACGAUCAUUGAUCCUAUGGCUGACAAGCUGCUGAUGACCAUCGGUGUUGCAUGUCUCGCUGUGAACGGCUCUAUGCCCGUUUGGCUUGCUGUGAUUAUCCUUGGUCGCGAUGUUGGUCUCGCUAUAUCGGCGAUCUACUAUCGCUGGAUCUCCCUGCCCGAGCCCAAGACCAUGGCCCGGUACUGGGAUUUCUCGCUGCCCUCGGCCGAAGUCAAGCCCACGGAAAUCUCCAAGAUUAAUACGGCUCUGCAGCUUGUGUUGGUUGGUAGUGCGAUCGCACUGCCUGUGGUUCCCGAGGCCUUUGUGAGUGCUUGGCACUUGAGUGAGGCUAUGACUGGAUUCCAAUACCUUGUCGCCGGAACAACUCUCUGGUCUGGAUUGAGCUAUGUCUUCUCCAACAAUGCCGUGAAAAUCCUCUCGAAAGAAGAGAUUCAGAAGCGAAUUGCGCAAGCAGCAGCUAAGCGGAAAUAG